CCGGCGCGGGGCGUCGGUAUCGUGCUGCCAACAAUAGUAUAUAUUGUACAUACAGUCUUUUAGAAAAACAACCGAGCCUCCGAUUCGGAAAGUUUGGCAUGGCUUACAUGAGUUUGUUUUUCUAUCCUGACCCUGUUUGGGCGUCAGUGAAAUGAUUAUGUAGAAUGGGGCAGGUUGAUUGAGGAAUCAACCUCCGCUUCGUCAGAUUGAAACACGUGCCCGAGAACUUUGUCCUACAGGAAUCCGGUAUGAUACGCUCUUUGCCAAGGUUGUAUUGCAACACCGGGAAGUCUGAUGAAUGUGUAGUGAAGACUUGCCACUGUGAUUGGCGGAGGUGAUAAAUGCUGAUAAAGGUGCCAUCGAUGUUGCCACAUUAUGCACCCGGAUUGAGCAGGCAGUUGCGCGCGGAAACCGUGUUCUGGCGAGCAGGGCCAUGCUUUUUCAAGACAAAGCAGAUUUGUUUCCAAACUGUGACUUCAUCGUCGGGUACGACACCUACAGGCGGGUGCUACACCCCAAGUACUAUGCUCCACCUGGUAGCAGCGAAAGAAGCUCAGCUGAAGAGCAGGCAGCUUGGGUUCUCGAAGCACUGCGGCGACUGCAAAGCAGACAGAUUCGCUUUGUUGCUGGAGCUGCCCUGUUAGCCGUGGGCUUCAACGCUCUCCUUCGCACCGGCGAGCUGCUGGGGCUUACGCACCGACACCUGGUGAUUCACGACCGGGGCCAUGGCAUGAGUGUGAUCUUCCCUGGGAGCAAGACCUCACAAGGAAACCCUCAGGUGGUCCUGGUACAGGAUCGGCAGCUGGUCAGCUUUGCUCGAAGCAUUCGGGAACCUCGUCGCAAGGAUUUGCUCUGGCCUGCUGGGCCCCGUCAGUUUCGCGUGCAGUUUGCCAAGAUGCUGACAAAGCUGGGCUUUGCUCCGGAUGACUACUCACCCUACAGCCUCCGCAGAGGGGGCGCCACGUGGUUCUUCCAGUCCUCCCUCAGCAUGGAUGCCACAGUGGCACGUGGGCGCUGGUCAUGUAGCAAAACGGCCACGCAAUACAUCGACGAGGGCACUUCACAGCUUGCCCAGGUCUUCUUUACGCCUCUGCAGCGAUCUCGGAUCCGCCUGUGGAGGUUGGAGGGAAUGCGGCUGCGCCAGGAAGGCGAAGAGGAGGCAGGGGUGCCCCAUAUUGACCCUUGGGAAGCCGACCGUGGACGCUUGAUCGACGCACUCCGUCUUUGCGGAGCGGCUUUCAUUCCAAUCAAGAAGGAUGUUUUUGGAGAAGGACCACAUUUCCCGGCGUGGCAGGAUUUGUGGAGAGAAGCACUGGAGGAUUUUAAGAGCUUUUGCAAGCGAAGUGUAGUUCGCAAGCGGCAAUUGAGAUUCUCCAAAGGUGAGGAUUUGCUGCGCACACGGGUUGGUGAAAGCAAAGCCCACACUCCUGACGUCCGCUACAACUUUGGAGUGGGCCAUGAUGCAGCAAGCGAGGGCCGUGAGGGCUGGAGAGACCUAGCGUGGAUAUGUGAUGACUUCAGGCGGAUGUUGUCCAUUUUAACGAACAUGGUGAAGGAAGAAUUGUCACUAGCCGCGGCAGACUUUAAGGAGCCGUGUGGUACGCUUGCAGCGAAGGUGCUCUCUGAUUGCGAGAGCUGGGCCGGCAGUCGCUUGCGUCACAGCCUCUACCCGCCAAAUGGAUCCUGCACGGAGCACACCGACUACGGCGUUCUCACUCUACAGCAGAGCACUGGGCCGGGCUUAGAGUAUUUUGCAGACAAUUCGUGGCAAACUUUGGAGCCACCCAAUGGCUUCGCAGUGAUAUUUGCUGGCGACAUGCUUGAGGUCAUGACAAAUGGCCAGGUCAGGGCCCUGGUUCAUCGGGUUUCUCCAGGAGAUUUUCGCCAGUCGCACAUUGUUUUCUUGCAGCCCGACCGUGAUACAAUCGUGCAGCCCCUGCAGUCACAUUUGCGCAAAGAUGGGACUGACUUCCCACCGGUCACCUAUGGUGAAUGGCACUCAAAGAAGACGAGCCUCGCCUUCCGCAAGUUUUUACCUGCAAAAGGUGGACAGAAUUCCAAAAUCAUUUGGUUGUCUCAUGGCUUUGUGCACGGGUUGCUGUGA